AAACAGUCAUGCUGGUCAGGCCUCAUAUUUCACAAAAGAGGAAGCAGUCAGAAAAAACACAAGCGGGCAGGUCAAAGAACAAGCUGCAGUGAAAAAUGAGGCACCCUUUCCUACUACAACUCCUGCUCGCCUAUAUCGGGGUGUGUGGUGUUCGGGGGGCUUCAGAGUUUAAGAUCUGUGCCUUCAACCUUCAACAUUUUGGGGAAUCCAAAGCCAAGAAAGAUGAUGUCAUGCAUACACUUGCCAAGAUCAUCACCCGAUGUGACGUGUGUCUACUUCAGGAAGUGAGAGAUAGCAAACAAAAAGCUUUACCCCAAUUGCUUGAGCGUCUUAACAAGUAUGAUAAUUAUCACAAGUAUGCCGCUGUAGCGAGUGAGAGACUAGGCCGAUCUGAAACAUACCAGGAGCAGUAUGUGUUUGUGUACAGGACCGAUACAGUAUCAGUCACAGGCCAGUAUCAGUACCCUGACAACAGACCAGGAGAUGUCGACGCAUUCUCCAGAGAGCCGUUUGUUGUCCGCUUCAAAGCUCCAAAGACAGCUCUUAAGGAGUUUGUUCUCAUCCCGCAACACACCAGUCCAGCUAACACGACUAAAGAGCUUGACGCACUGUAUGAUGUUUUGCAACAUGUGAGAAAGAUGUGGAAAACGGAGAAUAUAAUGCUUCUUGGGGACUUCAAUGCCGAUUGUGCCUACCUAUCCAAGAGGAACCGUGAGAAGUUGCGCUUGCUUACAGAUAAGAGUCUGUCCUGGCUGAUUAAAGAUAAGACCGACACCACUGUUCGUUCAACCACCUCAUGCACGUAUGACAGGAUUGUCGUGCAUGGUGAUGCAUUUGUCAAUGCAGUUGUGCCAUUUUCUGCCAAGCCAUUUGACUUCCAAUUGGAAUACCAACUCACAGAGGAGCAGGCACUCAUGGUCAGUGACCAUUAUCCUGUCGAGGUCCUACUGAAGAACAGCACAGCAAAACUCUCCUUCAGCCUCUUCCUCAUCGCACUUCUUAUAUUCAUAUCCAGAUGAAACAAGCUGUUGGAAUGGACUCCUGUGGAACAGGUGGUGGAGUACAGGAAAGGAAACAAAACAUAUCUUUAAUCAUUACUGUAUGCUAUACCUGCUGAGUUCAAGAGUGAAAUGAUAUUCAGGAAGUGCCAUGCGUAAAACAUGCCUGGGCCUGUCACGAUAAUUAUGAUGACCUUGAUAAAUUGAUAUAUAUAUGUACCGCAGCCUAUCCCAGCUGUCUUCGGGCAAGAGGCGGGGUGCACCAUGGACUGGUCGCCAGCCAAUCACAGAGCACAUAUAGACAAACAACCAUUCACACUCACAUUCAUACCUAUGGACAAUUUGGAGUCGUCAAUUAACCUAGCAUGUUUUUGGAAUGUGGGAGGAAACCGGAGUACCCGGAGAAAACCUACGCAUGCACGGGGAGAACAUGCAAACUCCACACAGAUAUGGCUGAGAGUGGAAUUGAACUCAGGUCUCCUAUCUGUUAGCAUAGCAAUAUGCAUGUGUUUAUUGUAUUUUUAAACUGUUUUUUCAUAUAAAUGUUUCAUUUUUAUUCACGCUAAGUCAGCCGGGAAAGGCUCCAGCAUACCCCCGCGACUCUGAUGAGGAUAAGCGGCAUAGAAAAUUGAUGGAUGGUUUCAUUUUUAUACUGAAUGCACUGGUUGUUCUGCAUUAUUGUAUUUUAUCAUGCAUCUAUUAGUAGAUAUUCAUUCGAAACUAAAGUUCGUGAAUUGUGAACAUUAUCUUCCAUAUUGGAAGAGAUGGCAGUUGUGAUGCUGAAAGAAAUGUUGGCUUUGUGUUUCUAUCAACGCAUUACGUCAACACAAACAAAUAAACACGACCGAGUGGUGUUGUUGAGUUAUGUGUUAUAUGUGAGUGUAGUAAUAUGAAAUUAUGUCACAUCAUUAUGUUCAUCAACCGAGACGCAAAGUCCAGAAAGCUUUCUAAUGGUUUAUUGUUUGAGACCAGGUAUGAUACUUGGGGAAAACUGAGAAUAUAAAAUUAUGAUGACGCUUACCAGUGACCACGUGACCACGCUCUCCACCUCUCUAAGGACAGCGACCUAAACCUGUCACGUGACCACCUAACCUGUCUCCUACACAUACUGUACUUUUAAAAAUUAAUUAAUUAUUUUUUUUUCUUUUUUGGGGGGUUCCCCAGUUUUUUUUAAUUGAACUUUAUUGAGCUGCAUUCUACCGUCACCUCUCUUAGCUUGUUUGAAUUUGGAUUCUCCCAAUUUAAGAGUGUUUCCUGUUAAAUACCUACGCUUAAUUAUGUCACAGUAAAAACAGCUGUACUUUUAAAGAUAUACGAGGCACUUUAAGCCGUUUAGAUAAUAUAAUAAUUUAAUUUCAUUUUCAUUUCCCCUCCCUAUCAACAGUUCCGUUCUACUCCUGCUAGCAUAACAUCACGCUAGACUGGUAGCAGUAGCCUAAAGUGAAAGUAAAUAUGACUCGACAGGGUGGUUAACGACGGACAAAGUAUUCAUUCUUUCAUUCAUUUUUGCUCAACAAAAACAAUGAACUUUAGCAAUUCAGUACAGUAUUUCAAGUCAACAGACGUCAUGGAUCUUUUAUACAGUGACCAGUCAUACAAGCAUGUUUACCGUCACGUGACUCAGCAGCAACAGGCA